UGCGCCGUCAUUCAGUCGCCGAUCGUACGCCGCCGGACGAGCCGCGCCGCCACCGCCGCCCGGAAGGAUACGCGUGUGCCGGAGCCGCGCUGACCGCCACCGCUGACGGGCAGCCCCGCGCGCAUCCGCGCCCACCUGCAGCAGCUGCAGCAGCAGCAGUCAGAACCUCCCGCAGGACUGCGUAGUGCCCUGGAGUCCAACAGGGGCACUCCCUCCCGAGGAGGCCGUUCACACUCCUCGCUGCUGGAAGUCCGCGCUUCCGAUCAGCGCCUGCUGCAGCCCGUGCUCCAGCCCCGGGGUCCAGGACGGCGGCGGCCUUGACGACGAGCAGUAGCGCCCGUCGCGGGGGAUGUGGAGCGAGGAUGGGCAAUGGAGCGGCGCGCUGCAGCAGCAGGACGACGCCCUGCGGGUGAGGCUGCGCCAGGCUGCGGGGCUCGCGUGCGACUGGUGACGUGACGCGCCUGACGGGCCGCGGCGGGCAGUGCGUGCGCGGGGGCCAGUGAGCCCGCGGCCAGCGGACACCGGCGGCCACCAUGGCGAACCUCUGCGUCGGCAAGGCGGUCAUGGUGUUCUGCAACGCACUAUUUUUGGCGUCGGGGCUGGGCGCCGUGGUGCUGGGCGCGCUGCUGCUGUCGGACGCGCCGCGCGUGCUCCUGUCGCGCCUCAUCCUGGCGGCGAGUGCGUCCGGGACGGGGCUGGCGCUCACGCCGCCGCAGCCCUUGCUGUACUACGUGUCGCUGGCCGCCAUGGGGCUGGGGCUGGUGGUGUGCGCCGUGGCCGUGCUGGGCUGCUGGGCCUCCUGCCUGCGCUCCUACUGCAUCCUGGGCACGUACCUGUUCCUGCUCACGCUGCUGCUGCUUGGGGAGAUGGCCGUGGGCGCGCUCGCCGUGCUCGGCCCCCAGUUCCUCGGGCUGGCCGUGGAACACCCAAGGCUGACGGACGCUCUGCAGCGCGGCUACGGCGUGCCGGGCAAGGAGCAGUUCACCGCCGCCUUCGACCUGGCCCAGGUCUCGCUCAGGUGCUGCGGAGUGACCGGCGGCGCGGACUACCACUCGUCCUGGUGGCACCUCCGCGAGCUCGGGCAGCGCGACCUGCUCGUGCCACUGUCCUGCUGCCAGCUGGACAACGCCCGCGACUCGGACAGCUUCCUGGACCCGCGGCCCUCCAACCUCACCCUCUGCCAGUCGCUGCAGCAGGACACCAUCCGGCCACAGCGCCACAUGGAGGGCUGCGGCGCCAAGCUGGGCCGGUGGCUGAGCGAGCAGCUGCAGGUGCUGGCGGCCGCGGGCGCUGCGCUGGUCCUCGUACAGCUACUCGCCCUCCUCGCCGCCAUCCUGGUCUGCGUGCAGCUGCCCCGCUGCCGGCAGAAGCGUCAGGAGGAGCGGCUGCAGCUGCAGGAGCAGCAGGAGAUGCAGCUGCGCCUCACGCCCCGCAGCGAGAACGGCUUCCUGGACUUUGACCACACCGCGGACAAGUACGCCAACGGGGGAGACACGCCGCCAGGCGACAACAACAACACCCUGCUCGGCCGCCUGGGCUCCGGCCUGGGGCCGCCCGCCUACAAGCACCAGGGCCACCAGGGCUACGGCCCGCCGCCGCGGUCGUCCGGUCUCAUUGAUAUGGUGGACGCCUCCGUCUACCACCUGCCACUGCCAACCGAGAUAACCCCCAUGGUGUCCCCCGGUGGCAACCUUGGCCCCCUCCACAUGGGGAUGGGGUCACCAGUGGUGUCGCAGGGCAAGUACAUCACCACCGAGGAGGUCGUCUACCACCAGACCGACAGCGGGGCCGUCAAGUACAGUCUGCCGCCCCGCAGGGGUCACCCGGAAUCAGGCAUGCCGCCCAAGCCUCCGCCCAAGCCCCUGAUCGUGCCGUACGACCUGUGCAACUGCGACCUCCAGAAGUUCUACCAGACGGGCUUCCACGACGGCCACGCCCAGCGCCUCUCCACCGCCCUGGAGCCCAGCCCGUACCAGUACGUCGAGGAGCUGAGGGCCAGUCCUUAUCAGCAGGCUCUGGCCUACCACACCAAGCGGAGCAGCACGAGGCCGAGACGCGACGCCCCCGCCCCCGCACCUGCAGCUGGCGACCGGGGCAGCAGGGCGGGGUACGGUGAAGCCCGCCACAACGACCAAGCGGCCCCGCAAGCAGCCCAGCUGCAGACCGGUGCGGGGGGCGCGCCAGCUGCGGCAGCGACGGCAGCCGCGCCCUCGCCCGUGUCCAGCCCCGCGGCCAACAGGGGCACGCAGCGGAGCCGGAGGAAGCAAGGAGAGCGAGAGAGACAGCUGCUGCAAGAGGCGGCGUGAAGAUGGCCCCCGGCGGCUGCCAAAGAGGUGAUUCUGAGAGAGGCUCCGACCAACCCGGGGCCCAGCAGGAGCAGCCGCAGCAGCCGCCGGGGCCCGGCACCGGCGCCGCCCCCCAGGCCUGCCCGCCGGCCCGCGCCGCAGCCCCCGCCGCCCCGGCCCGCGCCCCCGAGGCCACCGCUGCCGUCCCAGACGCAGGGCCGCGGGGAGCACAGCCGCAACCGCAGCUUCGGCGAGGAACUGGUGACGGACCACUUGUUGUUCCCGGACGGCGAGGACCCCUCCAGACUUGGCGGCCGCGUCAUCAUCCCGUCCAUGGUGACGCUGGGCGACGCCAGCCUGCGCGCGAGGACGCCGUUCGGGGGCCGCAUGGUGGAGAGCUACGGCCGGAGGAACCUGCACGCCAACCUGGACGGUGGCACGGGCACGGCCAAGCGCAACAGGAAUCCGCUGUCGCAGGGCUUCUAUGUCGGGGAGGUGCACUACAGCGCGCCCAGGAAGCGCACCCGCACCUUGUACCAGCGGCGGCCUUCCGGCCCCAGCCGGCACGCCCCCACCCCCGCCAGCGCGGCCCGCCCCCGGGAGCAGGGGGCGGACGACCUGCAGGAGGACUCCACGGCAAGGGGGUCCCCGACGGAGCAGCAGCAGCAGGAGGGGGAGAGGACGAAGUGGACGAACCAGAGCAUCAUGUGGUGACGUGGUGUGACGCGUAGGGCAACAGUGCGUGAGAUACAAGUGUGGAAGUGUGAGUGCACAGUAGAAAGCUUGGAGAUUUGAUGAAUGCAGCCUCUCUACAGAAAAUUGGAAGGUUUAAGUGCCAUGGAUUUAAGUAGCUAUCGCAUUGAUGUUUCCUUUAACGAACUCAUACAUUUGAUUUUGAAGGAUUAUCAAUUACGAUUGCUUAUCUAUGUUGACAUUUUACGGAUGGGGGUUCACGACCUAUUCCAGAUUAGCCAAAGUAACUUUUUUUUUUCAUCUUGGAAAAUUUUCUUUGAAGAGAAAUUUAAUUUUUUUACCUCUCUAGCCAUUUAAGGGUAUUCAUCAGUAAAUAUAUUGAGAGGUGAAAGUACAAAUUCAGCUCAUAGUUUUCUUUAAUACUUAAUGUUCAAACCCCCUCUUUUUCUUGUUGUGAAAGUGACGAAUUAUUACACUGCCUUGUUGAAUAAGAUACAUGUACACAUGUUUUUGAUCUCCAUUUAUUAAGAAAAGGAAAGCACAUUUAGUAUCUAAGUCUAGACUAGUCGCAUAGAAUCUAAUAAUUACAAGUAUAAUAAAAGGCGCAGUGAAAAGUACAACAAUAAAGAGGGAAAAAAAUGGCAAAGUCCA